AUGCCUGGCGUUCCGAGAAGCAGAGGCUGUAACUCUUGUUUGAAGCAGAAGAAGAAGUGUGACCAAGUCAAGCCAGCUUGCUCAAGGUGUGCACGACUUGGAGUCCCAUGCGUCGGUUCAGGUGAACAGAAAUAUGUCUUCAAACCCGUAUCAUUCACCAAGCCAUUCAAGACCAGCUUUUCGAAACCACGAAAGCGCGAGACAUCAUCUCAGGCAUCCAUUUUGCAUAAGCCUCAAAACUCGUUAACUCUUCUACAAGCCAAACUUGUUGCGGCUCUAGAAGUAACAGACUUUCGAUAUGGCCUCCACUGUUAUGGGGACUUUCUAGAGCAUGUUCCCAAAAGGCUUGGUCAUAGCCAUGCUCUCGAUGUUUCUGUUGAUUUGAUGACAAGUACCUUGCCUUAUCAUUAUACAUAUGAGAUCCCAUCUCAAGUUGAAGCCAAGUAUAGCAGCAGCUUGAAAGUAUUGAGAGGUCUCCAAGAUAAGAAAGCUACACAGAUCGGCUUCGAGGACGUUGCAGCCUUUCCAAUCCUGACGAUAUGCCAGAGCUGGCUGGGACAAGCAGGUAAUGAGUCGCGGAGCCAUGGGCAAAUACUUGCAUGUUUCAUGAACGCAGUAACAGAAAAAGGCCAGAGUAGCAUUUUCGAACUCAAGUUACUGGAGAGCUCAUUGAUAGCUCUAUUCUUCGAGGCUCUUGUGGAUACACGAAUCGACUUGGAACAAUACGUCAAUGACCUGAGCUCACAGUCACGCCAAAACGCAUACGACUAUAAUCAAGAUCCUCACGUUCGAUCUUUCCAAGUGCAAAGAUUUCUGAGGAUACCGAGACUAUUGCACGAGCCUCUUCGACACGUGGAAGAAAUCAAAACCACGUACAGAGAGUUGCGGGACGAUCAUGCAAGAAUACAGCACCAGCUCGACAGCGUAAGAGAGCAGAAGGAUCCUUCUGAAAACUUACACUGUCGACAAAAGCUUGUUCACAUGCUUCAAGUUACGGAAGCGAUCCUUCUCACGGCAGCACUAGCUUUGAACAGAAUACUUGGGGCAGCAUAUCCAGACGAAGGCGUCUUACUCCUGGAAGCAUCAAUGCUAGCGAACGAACUCAUCAUCCUUGCUAAAUCAGUGUACGAUCUCAGACCUCUUGGUGCCAGCUAUAUCCCACCAUGCCUGGCAGCUGUAUGGGCAACAUCGAGUGCCUUGGAAGCUCAGAGCAAUGAGAUUGAGACGUUACUCGCGGAAUAUCAGGUUGAUUAUGCUCGCAUCAAGUGGAUGGAUCAAGCUGUAUUACUGAAGGAAUUGAACGGGACCCUACUAGGACGACUAUCUGAAUCGACCAGUCGGGACAAAGUCAAAAAGUCUGAUAACGAUGGAGAUCUGGAGAUGUUGAUGGUCCAUUUUAAGGUAGUGUUCGGGUCCAUUGGAAGCUAUUGA